AUGGAAGAUGUCAAUUACUUCUACCAGCACUGGAAGAGCUACACGACGCAACGUAGUUUUGCGUGGGUGGACGAGUACAAGACGACAGAUGCACCGACGAGACUGGUGAGACGAGCGAUGGAGAAGGAGAACAAGAAGCUGCGAGAUGCUGCGAAGAAAGCAUUUACUACUAAAGUGCGUGAGCUCGUGGACUUCGUAUGUCGCCGAGACCCGCGAGUACGUGCCUUCCAGAAGCAAAAAGAACGAGAAAAGGAGCAGCGCCGUGUGGAAGAGGAAGCUAAAAAGCGUGAUAAACAAGCUGCGUUUGAUGCCGAGCGACGUGCCUUUCAGGAGCAGCAGGAAAAACUCUGGGCUGACAAUAGAAUGGAAACUAGCCGUGUUGCUGACCGUGACAUUGAGCAGGAGCUCGAAAAGCUCCGAAAGAAAUUGGACGCAGACGUGCUGGUGUGUGACUUGUGCAACAAGACCUUCAAGUCGACGAAACAGUUGCAGAACCACCUCACGUCGAAAAAACACCGCGAGAAAGAGAUGGAGCUGGGUGUUUUUAGCGAUCUCAGUGGUCUGGAUGAUGAAAUGGAUAGAGCUCUACAAGAAGAGCUUGUUGCUCUUGGCAAGGAGGCUGACGAAGAAGCUUCCCAAAAGAAGGCAGAGGCGGAGCGUGUGCGACUUGAAAAGGAGAACAAGGCUGCCGAGAAACGCCGCGAACGUAAGGAGAUGCGCAAGAACAAGAAGAAAGAGAGUGUAGACAAAAUUGUUAACAACGCGCGCUCGAAAAAGGAGAAGGACGAGGAGGAAGAACAACGUGGUCGUGGGAAAAAAGGCAAGAAGCGACGAUAG